AACACCCCAUGCGUGAGGCAGGGCAACGACAGCCUGGCCUGGAAGCACCCCAGAGCAUUGGCAGCAUUUGGAGCCCUCCAUCUGGAAGCACUCAGAAGCCUGCAGCAGAACCUCAAGCUGUCUCCAGCAUGGCAAUGGGGCUGGGCACUACAAGCCAGGAUCCACUGAGCCCCCAAUCACAGGACGGGCCUGCCCUCUCCUCUGCAGAAGUCUUUGUAUAUGAUGAGGGGGACUUUGUGCUGCAUGGAGCGGAGUGGCAGGGAAACGGCCUGUGUGGACUGGCCAGGGGCCCCCUGUCCCGCUUUGACAGAGCCCUGCAGUUGGGCUGGAAGGACAGACUGAAUAGGGGGCUCUUCCGCUACCACUUGGGGGAGCUACAGACCCGGAUCCUGCCAGGGACGGUAGGGUUUGUGGCCCAGCUCAAUAUCCAAAGGGGGGUGGAGAGAAGAAGACCCCAGGAGAUCCAAAGUGUCCAACAGAGAUUUGACCCUCAGCAGUUCAAUUUCUGUAGGAUCCAACCCGAGGAGAUUCUUUUCUGCAUGACCAGGAGCUGCACUCCCUCAAUGGAAGGUGCUCCCUUUAUCCUCGUAGUGAUUAACAUCAGCCCUCUGCAGUUUGGACACAGCCUUCUGAUCCCCGAACCUGCACUCUCGUUGCCCCAGAUCCUCACACCGGAGGUCCUUCACUUUGGCCUGGAUGCCCUGCUCCUCAGUGCCCAUCCUGGAUUCCGCAUUGGUUUCAACAGCCUUGGGGCUUUUGCCUCUGUCAAUCACUUGCAUCUGCAUGGUUAUUAUCUGGACUGGGAGCUGCUGGUUGAAUCUGCCCCCUGCAUGCCCCUUUUGCCUGAAGCAAACUUCUAUCUACUGCAGGGGGUCCCAGCUCCCGGCUUCCUCUUCUACAGUGAUGGGCAGCAGUUAGAGAAGUUGACACACCAAAUUGGCCAAGUUACCAACUACCUGGUAAAGAAGGAGAUUGCACACAACCUGUUUAUAACCCGGGGUGCUACACCCAGGGGACCCAUUCGCUCAGGAGCUCGGCCUGGGAUCCGGAUCAUUGUCUGGGCUAGGAAAGCCUGCUUUGGUAUCAAAGAAGAGUCUGCAUUCAAUGUAGCCCUCUGUGAGCUGGCAGGCCACCUGCCCAUCAAAACUGCCAAAGAUUUUGAGGGCCUCACAGAGGCAUCAGCUAUUCACACAAUUCAGAAAUACCUCCUCUCAGACUUUCAGUUUGCCAAACUACAAUGUGAGCUAGUGGACCUCCUCAAAGGGUAGCAUCCCAAAAGUGAUUGUCCCAUUUUAGAUAUGCUGAGAAUUUGUACCUCUUUGCUAGUUUGUUCUUUGCAGGGCAAGAAAGGCCUCCCACUCAUGGUGGGAGGACAUGCAAGAUUGCUGGCCAAUAAAGCACAAGGUCAACUGGA